AAUAAGACCAUUGUACAGAAGCGCGCCAUAUGUAUGUACACUAUGGGAUCCCUAUACUAUACUGUAUUGUACUACUUUACGAAAUGGUAUUUUUUUGUGUAGGCCUACAAAUAUAUAUGCAGACAUUGAACCAUGACUUUCACGUAAAAGCAUGCGACUGAUUGCGCGUUUCCCAUACCGGCGGCAAUUUUUGUGUCUCGCUAUGAAAGAAAUGAUCGGUCGUAAAGUUCUGCCCGGCGUGUCCAGAAAUGUGAUACCUGCGAUGAAGAUUUCUGUGCAGAGUGAGGAGACCAUCUCGAGAAAUUAUGAGGAAGCAGUGAAGAGACUGAACACCCUACAGAGUAAUGCGUCAGUGUUGGCCAAUGUCGUGAACAACAAGCUCAAUGAAAGGGCUCAGGGAAACAUCAAAAAAGUGGAAGAAUUCCUCCAAAGAGCUGGAAUGAUGGUGGAGCAGUUGGAUGACCUUUCUAUUAUCCAUGUGAGUGGGACUAAAGGCAAGGGAUCCGUCUGUGCCAUGUGUGAGAGCAUGCUGCGAGCUAGUGGUUUCAAGACAGGAUUCUUCAGCUCACCGCACCUGGUUGAGGUCCGGGAGCGAAUUCGCAUCAACGGCAGACCCUUACCCAAGGAUGUCUUCACUGAUUACUUCACGAAGAUCUUUGAUCGCUUGGAGGAAAGCAAGGCAUCCCAUGGUGGGGAGAUGCCCGCUUACUUCCGGUUUCUCACCGUACUGGCUUUCCACGUUUUCCUUGAGGAAAAGGUUGAUGUUGCUGUCGUUGAAGUUGGCCUUGGUGGAUCCUAUGACUGCACCAAUGUUAUAAGGAAACCAGUGGCCAUUGGCAUAACAUCACUGGGACUGGAUCACACCAGUGUACUGGGAGAUACGGUAGAAAAGAUAGCAUGGCACAAGGCAGCCAUAUCCAAGCCUGGCCGACCUGCUUUCACUGUGCCACAGCCAGAGGGCGCUAUGAAGGUUGUCAAGGAUACAGCAGUGGGGUGUGGGGCCUCAUCCAUAGAGUGCGCACCAGACAUUGAUAACUAUGAUUUCAAUGGGAUGACGCUCAGACUCGGUUUGACUGGGAAACAUCAGUACACAAAUGCAUCCUUGGCCUUACAGCUGUGCAAAACGUGGGUUGAGAAUUACCAAGAUGAUGGAAAUAGCAUGGAAUGCGGAAAUGGGUCUGAAGUCCUUCUUGGUCAGACGUUCAAGCUUGCAAAUGUUUCCAACUCGGCAGUUUCUACAGCGGAAGACGUGGGCAUGGAAACAGCCAAGCCUUUUGUCGUACCUUCACACUUCAUGAAAGGUAUGGAAGAAUGCUAUUGGCCAGGCCGCACCCAGACAGUCAAGACAGAGAACGUAACGUACUACAUAGACGGUGCUCACACACCGCGGAGCAUCCAAGCGUGUCAGAAUUGGUUCAUGACGGCUGCUGAGGAAGAGUGCUGGAUUCUCGAUCGGCCAAUCAAACGCCUCCUGAUCUUCAACUCCACGGGGGACCGCGAUGAGUACAGUUUACUCAGGCCUCUCAUAGGAUGUCAGUUCGAUGGUGCUGCAUUCUGUCCAAACGUUACUGGAGAUUCUGCCUCUGGAAACUCUGCGGGUGAAGCAAGCAAGGACCCUGGGAUUGCUAUGGGAAUUGUUGUCAAGAAGUCUUCAGAUCAAACAGCUUGCAAUGUCACCAUGGACAAGCAGACGGCUCGCUGCCAACGUAACCUUGUCGCUUUUGAGAAGCUGACCGACGCGGAGGCACAAGCAGACCUAAGGCUGACCAUCCAGGAUGUCGCCAGGAAUCCCUCGAUCGACUGGCACAGCCGUCUCUACCGAAACGCUGAGACGUCCACUCACGAAACCAGGGUCAGUGAAACCAACGCGAUCCGGUCCGUGCAGCAACACAAGCAGCUUCACACGGACUCCGCAGACAUCGUGCAGACCGUGACCGCAGUGCUGCCAAGCAUCUCAGAUGCUCUACAGUGGGCCAGGUCAUGGGCGGACAAAGAGCAGUGCCCCACAGGAGCUGCGAAAGACGCCGCGCCACAAAAACCCCACGUCCAGGUGCUGAUUUGUGGAAGCCUCCAUUUGGUGGGAGGGGUGAUCAAAGUGCUUGAUCCUGAGCUGGUCAACAGACCAGCAAGUUAAAUUUGCAAAGUGUGCGUUCACACAGACUCUGUUGAAGUUACGAUUCUGCGAAUCUUUGUAAAUUUUUAUUUGAUUUACCAAAAUUGAGUUGUAGCAGGGUAUUACUGAGGUACACAUUCCUGACAAUUGUUAAAAACCUCACCAAUGGUGCUGCAACUGCAUGUAUUUAAUAUGAUUUUAUUUUUUAUUAUUAUCAAUCAAUUAAGCAUAUUCAGUUA